CCCACAUGUGAGCUGAUGAUAGAACUCCACUUCCGGGGGUAGACUGAUACCGGUAUCAAUAUGAAGAUUCGCCCGGUGUCACCGGGGAUAGACCGGAGGCUGAAACACCGGCUCACCCAGUAUUUGAGCAGUAAUCGCUGUGGAGGAUAUGUGGAUAUUUCAGCUGUAGCUGCCGAUCUGCAGAAAACAUUCAGUGCCGAGUAUGGAAGGAGGAAACGGAAUGCCUUUAGAAUCCAGGUAGAAAAAGUGUUCAAAGUUAUCUGCGAGGAGAAUGAGGAUAUAGAGGCCCUAGAAGGUUCACAUUUGGCAAAGCGGGCAAGGAGGGGAGCUGAUGGAAAUCUGGAAAGAACAUCUGAUGACUCAACAGAUACUGAUGACUAUUCAGACCAGCCAUCCUCAAAUCACAUGAACUCCUCUCUGCUGUCCUUGUACCGGAAAGGAAACCCCGAGUUCGACACGCCCUCCAAAAAUGAAACCCCAGAAACCAGCACGCCAGCCCCCUCCAGGUCCGCUGCACAAUCCGAUACACCGGGGCACACCAGAACCCCAGAAGCUGGAUGGUUUAUUGAUAAAACAUCCAGCAGGACCAUAGAGAAGAACCUCUUCAUAGACCUGUGUGAUGAUGAAGAGAAAGAGAAGAAAGCUGGCAUGGAAGAGAGGUCUGUAGAUGUUUCUCUUCUGGAGAGUGAGAAGAAGAAGCGCAAAGGAAAGAAAUCCCAAAAGGUGAAAUCUGAGUCUCGGGAUGUAGAUGACCAGAUAAAGUCUGUUCUUAUGAAAGGUAAAGGAAAAGCUAUCGAGUUGCAGAGAUCGUCUGUUCGGUUUGAGGAUGUAGGAGGAAACGAUGAAACCUUGGCGGAGGUCUGCAAGCUACUAAUUCACAUGCGUCACCCUGAGGUGUACCAGCACCUGGGCGUCGUCCCACCUCGUGGCUUCCUGUUACAUGGACCUCCUGGGUGUGGGAAAACCUUACUGGCUCAGGCCAUCACCGGGGAGUUGGAUUUACCAAUGCUCAAGGUUGCAGCAACGGAGAUGGUGUCUGGAGUCUCAGGGGAAUCUGAACAAAAGUUGAGGGAACUCUUCGACCAGGCUGUGAGCAGUGCCCCUUGUAUUCUUUUCAUUGAUGAGAUUGAUGCUAUAACCCCGAAGAGAGAAGUGGCUUCCAAGGACAUGGAGAGAAGGAUAGUGGCCCAGCUGCUCACCUGUAUGGACGAUUUAAAUAACCUGGAGGUGACUGCUCAGGUUCUUGUUAUUGGGGCCACCAACCGCCCAGAUUCGCUGGACCCUGCACUCCGACGUGCCGGGAGGUUUGACAGGGAAAUCUGCUUGGGGAUUCCAGAUGAGAAGGCAAGGAAGAGGAUUCUGCAGACCUUGUGUCGGAAGUUAAGGCUCCCUGAAUCCUUUGACUUGCAGAAUCUGGCUCACCUGACACCAGGGUAUGUCGGCGCAGACUUGAUGGCACUUUGCCGGGAAGCUGCGAUGUGCGCUGUGAACAGAGCAUUGAUCCAGCAGCGGGAAUUUAAAGGGAAUGCGGAUUCAACAGAACAGAGCCCUCCGCUGGAAGAAACAUCUGAGUUAAAAGUCCACAAUGGACAACCCCAUCAGGAUGAGCUGCAACGACUACUGGAGGUACUGAAGGAGGAAACCCCAUUUCCCGAGGAUCAACUCCGGGGCCUCUGUAUCGAGAUGUCUGACUUCCUGAAUGCCCUACCUUCUGUACAGCCCUCUGCCAAGAGAGAGGGUUUUGCCACGGUGCCCGACGUGACCUGGGCUGACAUAGGAGCUCUGGAGGAGAUCCGGGAGGAGCUGACAAUGGCCAUAUUGGCUCCAGUAAGGAAUCCAGAACAAUUCAAGGCUCUGGGCCUUAUGGCUCCAGCUGGUGUUUUACUUGCAGGGCCCCCUGGCUGUGGAAAAACCUUGCUUGCAAAAGCAGUUGCCAAUGAAUCUGGACUUAAUUUUAUCUCGGUGAAGGGUCCUGAGCUUCUGAAUAUGUAUGUUGGUGAAAGUGAGCGAGCUGUUCGCCAGGUUUUCCAGAGGGCUUCUAACUCCUCCCCCUGUGUAAUAUUUUUUGAUGAAAUUGAUGCUUUGUGCCCUCGACGGUCGGGUCAUGAGUCCGGAGCCAGUGUGAGAGUUGUUAAUCAGUUGCUGACUGAGAUGGAUGGACUGGAAAGUAGACGUCAAGUGUUCAUCAUGGCUGCCACUAACCGUCCAGAUAUCCUCGACCCAGCAAUUCUACGGCCUGGACGUCUGGACAAAACCCUGUAUGUUGGACUUCCACCCCCUGCCGACAGACUGGCUAUCCUGAGAACCAUCACCAAAAAUGGAACUCGGCCACCCCUUGCAUCCGAUGUUGAUCUACAAGUGAUCGCCUUUGAUGAGCGUUGUGACUGUUUUACGGGUGCCGAUCUGUCAGCUCUCGUACGAGAAGCAUCAAUAAGUACCCUGAGGGCCCAAAUAUUACAGCCGGGGCUGGGGCCGAUUGACAGCAAAGGACCGACUGAAGUUUAUAACAGACACUUUGAGGACGCAUUCAGCAAGGUGAAACCGUCGGUCUCCAAGAAGGAUCAGGUGAUAUACGAAAAGCUCCGUCUGUCUCUGAGCCGCUGACCGCCAUCGUAGAAGGAAGAGCUGUGGCACGUCGUAUACAGCGACUUGGUACCAAGUGACGCGGAGUGACCGGG